UUGGAACACUUAUACGAUGUCGUUUGAUAAUAACAUGUUGUUGCAUGUCGCGUCGUACCUUUCAAUUAUAGAAUUGCUUUGAGUAAAUAUUCAACAUACCUUCGAAUUAUAGCUCAAAUCAUUUGGGAAUAUCGACAUGUAACUCGGUGAAAAUGCGCUGUUACUAUGUACUUUAUGUAGUCUGUUAGUGAAUAAGACGAUACUUCGUUCCUAUUUUGAUAUUGCAGGACGACUAGACCACAGUAGAAUGAUAUGUUGAUGAAGAUCAAACCGACACGGCUUGUAUAGAGCACCAUAUUCACUGAUAAACUUAUAAAUAAGAAAUUUCUCUGCACCCCUGCUUCGAAUAUAUACCAGUAGAACGCAAACUGAAUAUUUUAUAUGAAAGAACAGAGAAAAGAAAAUUAGUAUUAAAAAGGUAGAUGAAUUGAAAGCUUUUAAGUCUGUGCAUUGUUAAACAGAGGAUCAAAUUAAGUGCUAGAAAUCGUAAAGAUGUACAGUAUCGUUUCUAUCUUAUGCUUACUAGUUAUUUCGGAUUUUUCUCUUGGCGAUGGGCAAAACCGAUACCUGAGCUGUUCACAGCUGAACAGUUUUUGUAUGGAAAGUGGAAGUUCCGUUGGGGACCUUGAACCAAGCCCGUCUCAUUUUCAACAAGGCUGUAGGCAAGGGAAGGCCGGCGCUAAGGGCGACAAAGGAGAUACUGGACCUACGGGACCGUCUGUGGAAAUUGACUACGAUGGACUGGAGAGAAGAAUAUUGAAUAAAGUAAAAGAAAUGAUCAUCAAUUGUCGAGUUGUGUAUAAUGACUCGUGUUUUGUUCUGGUUGGGGCCCGAGGAAACAAAUACAGCAAACAGGAUCUGGAACGAAAAUGUGAACGCAUCGGUGGAAAGUUGGCAAAUUUAUACAACGAAGAACAUCGAGUCAAAGUCAGUCAAUAUAUUCGAAGUUUAUUGGGCGUGUACGCUGAAGUCGCUCUUGGAAUGACGUAUAAUCCACAGGAAAAUACAUUUCGCUUGACAUCCGGAGAAAUAGUGCACAUUCAAUUCAAUUGGCACCCAACUUAUCCACUAAAAGACCAGAUUCACCAAAAUGGAAUGUUAUCUGUGCAACCAGACGCAGGAUCGGCCAGUCAAGGGUUUUAUAAUUAUAAACCUUAUCCCAGAUCAUUUGGGCUGUGCGAAUAUAGGAUUUAGGAGCCCCGUCUUAAGUUUGAAUAUCGCACUCCUUCGAGAAAGUUGAAAAUGUGAUUUGCUUGAUAUUUUUUAUGGGCGCUCUUUAUUUUUGUGCAUUUCACUAUUUCUAUAGAAAUCCUAUAAAUCAUUUUCGCUUGUACGCUGGCGAUAAAACAAAGUUGUGACUUCGUAUCCAUCGUAAAUAUCAGUUGUUUCAAAAAUCUAGAAUUUCAAAAAUUUUGAAUUAGAUAUUGAAACCUCCGGGUGUCGCUGCUCGAAAACCAGCCAUGCCUCCCCACUUUUUCCUGCCCCAA